AUGGCCAUCGCUGCCAUGUCGGAAAAAACGUCCCCAUACCGCCGAACGGCGAUGGUGGCUGCAUGCGUAUUGGUCUUUUUUAUCCUUUUUGAGACUUAUUAUCUUUAUACCGAUGCCUGGACACCUUCACAUGGGUUAUCGUCUGGAUCCAAAUCGACCGGGGCCUCACCAUCGGUCCAUGCGCCGUCGAAGCCAAAGAAGAAGGUCGUCAAGACGUCGCAGCUGCAUUUCCUGCUGCCCGCCUCGAACCCGAAUGAUAUGUUCUGCGCCAUCGUCACCUCCGCCCUUGUAAACCGAUAUCCCGCCCCGUACAUGGUUGGCUGGAAGGGUGAGGGUAAAUACAACGCCUCCACCGCCCAUACAGCUAAGCUGUACUCGAUCAAGAAGUACCUCGACGAACUCCCCCAGGGUGGUGACGAUGACGACCUCGUGUUCUUCGGCGAUGGAUACGAUGUUAUGGCCCAGCUGCCCGUGGAGGUUGUCAUAGAGCGCUACUUUAAGGUUGCUGCUGAUGCCGACCGCCGGUUGGCUGACCGUUUUGGCAUAACCGUUGAAGAAGCCCACAAACGCGGACUAAAGCAAACUCUAUUCUGGGGUGCCGACAAGAUGUGUUGGCCAGCCCUACACGAGGCCCAGUGCACCAAGAUCCCCGGGUCCCAUCUCCCUGGUAACGUCUAUGGUCCCAAGACUGGCGGCGGUGAUGUCACAUAUCGUGACGCCAAGUACUUUAAUUCAGGAAGUGUCAUUGGACCUGUCGGGGAUUUGCGCAACUUUAUCAACGCUGGUAUCGCCAGUUUGGAGGAGACUUUCGACCCCAACUUUAAAUACAAGACGUCGGAUCAGAUCUACCUCGCCAGACUUUAUGCGCGCCAGGAGCUCUCGCGCGCUGAGCAGAUUGAGAAUGAGUACAUAAUGGCCAGCAUGGGCGACAAUGCCACCACUAUCGAAACGAAGAGCAUCACCGAGUAUCAUGCCGCUAUCGAUUUUGAGUCGGAUUUCGUGCAGACUGGAUGUUUCGCCCAUAGAUGGAUGAACAAGCUCAACUACAACAACUCGGACAACACGGCGACCAUGUCCAAGGAUGUCUACGACGUGGGGAAGAACUUCAAGCCCUAUCGUAUCCAGAUGCCAACCAACGUCUACCAUUCUCUCAUCAAGGUGUUCAAAUCUCUGCCCGCCGAGCUGGCCACAAUGUCCGCCCGUGACUGGGUAGGCAGCCUGGAUCUCGACACAAACGUCGCUACACGCAGCAUUUUCGGCUUCUACCACGCCACGUGCAGCAAGCGAAACCUCAUCUCCGACUUCAAGAAGUACUGGUUCCACCCCUACGCCAUGCCUCUGUUGCAGGCUGGCUUCAAAGCCACCAGGCAAGAUGAACCCAUCACCGAGAAGCUCAUUGACGGACGCAAGUGGAUUUACAAAACAGUAUAUCCCGAUUCGGGGGCACCAGAGGAUCAACUUGGUGGUGUCUUGACAGACUUCAAGAACGAGACAUACAUUUCCUUUUCGACCCUAUGCGGCGAUUAUUUAGACAUUCUUGAGCCUCGACACUAA